CUUUAUUAAUGUUAAAGAUUGAUAGUUUUUUCUAUAAAAAUCCAUACAAAUUAUGAUAUUUCCCGAGAUUUCCGUAACUAUAACGAACGCAAAUAAUUAAUUUACGUGGGCCGAACAGGAGCGACAACCUGAAUGUUACGUUAUGUCAAACUUUUUAGGUUAAGUGUGGCCCUACUUAUUAAAAAAUGAACUUAUCCAGAAUUUUUUGCUUAAAUAGCGUAAAAUCGGCCCUCCCCACAAUCACAAGAUGCUUCAGCACACAAAUUCAGACACCGAGGGUCACAUUUGUCCCUCCACUAAACCCAUGGAUAUACCAGCGGAAUGAUAAAAUUAAGACACCGAUAUCGUCGACAAUUAUAAGUAGAAUAGAUUUGCCGAACGGUUUGUCUUGGGUGCCACCCCUAAUUGAGCCUCUGGAUAAACAUGAGAUCAUUGCUCCGACAACUGAGACGGCAGAAACGCCAAAAGAAGCAGUUCGGAUGAUAGUUAUAAGGAGGAAGAAAAUGAAGAAGCACAAGCUUAAGAAAUUAAGAAAGAGAAUGAAGUUUGAGAAUGCAAAAAGACGCCAAAGGAGGGAAAUGAAGAAAGAGAAAGAAUUUCAAGCGGUUUUAAUCCAACAGUGUAAACAGGCUGAAGCCUUUUCAGCAGAGGAAUACGUCAACCAAAAACUCGAUAAGUUACAUGAAAUAGUGAUUCCCAGGUACUGGAAGGGAAAGAGACUGCCCGAGUUUUUAAUUAGGCAGAAAAUGGGACUGCCUCCAAAAUAGUUAAGUGAAAUUUAGCCAAUUAAAAUGAGUUUUAUUUGAUAAGUAACAAACUGUUCACUAAUAUUUAACAUUUAUUCAUAUUGUAUAAAUAGUUUAUAAAACAGUAAAAAAUUUUAUUAA